AUUUAGAAACUCGCCUCGCCAACGAGAAGGGGGGCAGCCGCUCCUCCUCCUUCCGCAGCCUUCCUUCGAGUCUUCGACGGUGCUCAGCAGCCUUUCAUGGUGCUCACCGCCAUUUCCCUUUCUCAGUCUUUGACCAGGAGAAUUGAAGAAUUAUUUAUUGCAGUUUAAAGUUCAAAGUUUGAGUUCAGUGAGCAGCCUAAGUUGAUAAUUGAUUUUCUGCAACUCUUCCCAAAUUCUGAAGCCACUAAGUGUGCAGGAGCCCUUUUAUGAAGAUGGAUGAAAACGACAUAGUUGACCAUGAAACAGGUGUAUCAGGUGUGGUCAAGUCAGAUAAAAGUCAUUCUACACCUAAGUUUCGGGGUGAAGUAGAAGAACACAAGCAUCAACUACAACGACUGAAAGAGAAGGACCCAGAGUUUUACAAGUUUCUUGAAGAUCAUGACAAGGAGCUUCUAGAGUUUGAAGAUGAAGAACCUUCUGAAGAUACUGAUGUUGAUGAGGUUGAGUUAGAGCCUUUUUUACCCACGGAGAGCACACAGAAGUCGGGGAAGGUUCUCACAACUGUGAUGAUUGAUUCCUGGUGCAAAAAUAUCUCGGAGAAUGGUAGCGUAGGUGCAAUUCGUUCAAUCAUGCGGGCUUACCAUACUGCUUGUCAUUAUGGUGAUGAUAACAAAAAUGAAUCUUCUCGAAAGUUCAGUGUCAUGACCAGCAGUGUGUUUAACAAAAUAAUGGUGUUUGUUCUUAAUAAGAUUGAUGGAAUAUUUCGUACCUUCCUAAAGCUUCCUGAAACUGGUGGAAAGAAAGAGACUAUAAUAGAACUGAUGACUACCAAAGCAUGGAAGGAUCAUGGUUAUCUUGUGAAAUCCUACCUUGGAAACACUCUUCAUGUACUACAACAAAUGACGGAUACUGAGAUGAUCUCAUUUACUUUACAACGACUCAGAUCUUCAGCAGUAUUUUUGGCUGCAUUUCCUAGUCUUUUAAGAAGAUAUAUCAAGGUUUCUCUGCACUUCUGGGGUACUGGAAAAGGUGCUCUUCCUGUUGUUUCUUUUCUGCUUAUGAGGGACUGCUGUAUUCGACUUGGGUCUGAUUGUAUAGACCCGUGUCUGAAAGGCAUCUAUAAGGCUUAUGUUGUGAACUGCCAGUUUGUGACGCCGUCCAAGUUACAACACAUUGAAUUUCUGGGAAGUUGCAUCAUUGAACUAUAUGGCGUGGACCUACCAAGUGCAUAUCAACAUGCUUUUGUUUUUAUCCGCCAACUUGGAAUGAUAUUACGAGAUGCAAUCACUGUUCAAACCAAGGAUGCAUAUAGAAAGGUUUACGAGUGGAAGUAUUUGAAUUGCCUUCAACUGUGGACUAGAGUUGUUUGUACUUAUAAAGAGGACCCUGACUUUCGUCUCCUAGCAUACCCAUUGACUCAGAUAAUAUGUGGGGCCGCUCAGUUGGUUCCAACUGCGAGAUACUUUCCUCUUAGAUUGAAGUGCACUAGAAUGCUCAAUCAAAUUGCUGUAUCUACUGGUACCUUCAUUCCCAUCGGUUCCCUGCUUGCAGAUAUGUUGGAGUUUAAGGAGUUGAAAAAGUCAGCCACUGGAGGGGUUGGCAAGGCAGUAAACUUUCGUUCUACAUUGAAGGUAAGUAAGCAGACAUUAAGAACACGUGCAUUUCAGGAGGAAUGUGUGUUUUCUGUAAUUGAACAGAUUGGUGAACAUUUAGAACAGUGGAGCUACUCUGUCUUCUUUUAUGAAUUGGCAUUUGUACCACUGACACGUUUGAGAAGCUUCUGCAAAACCACCACAAUAGAAAGGUUCAGGAGGGAAGCAAAGCAAUUGGUACAGCAGGUGGAGGCCAAUGUUGAGUUUACGAAUAAGAUGCGAACGACUAUUGCAUUUUCACCAAAUGACCAGGCUGAGAUAGCAUCAUUUCUUGAGGUUGAGAAAAAAGCGAAACUGAGUCCCCUAUCCUUAUACAUGGAAAAUUUGCACCUUAGAGCACGCCAGAGGAAGGCUUCAAUGGAUGAAUCUAGUGUUUUAGUUGGAGAGAAGGUGUCUAGAUUCACCAAAGAAAUACCUGAUAUUGAAGGCGAGGAUGCAGAACAUGGCAAUGCAGUCUUUAGUUCCAACUGGUUGCCAGGGAGCGAUGCCAAGAAGAGUUUAAAAUCCAAGAAACACACAAAGAAACGGAAAUUGGAAGAUCAGGAACCUGUCAUGGAUGAGGAUGUGGUGACAGAACUAGAGCUUAGCUCUGAUGAAGAUGAGCGUUCAAGCUCCCCUGUCCUCGAAGGUCACUUUGGUAGCCCUACUGUGGCUCAAAAGUCACGGCAGAAAACAUCAAAGGACACUAAGAAGAUGAAAAGAGCCAAAAGACCUCCCAAGAACAAAAACAAGAGAGCAUCUCUAAAAUGAUGCACUAAUGUAGCUCAAGGAUGGAAAGAAGCUUGGCUUCUGGGUUUUGAGACUUGAGGACCGUAAAAAGAUUAUCUGGAAAUUUUUUGUCAACUACAGCUUCAGCAUAAGUGCUCGAUGAUGGUGACAAGUGUUAGUCCAUCUGCAGUCCAUCAUGAGUCAGUUCCAGAAUGUUGGUACAGCCAAUCAAGUGGAAGUAUCCAGCUAAGCUGCUUCAUCAAAUUGUCUGAGGCCUUCUCUUUUUUUUUUCCCUCUGCUGAUUAAUUCUGAACGGAUAAGUAGCAUGGUGUCUGUUCCUAGGUUCGAAUUGGCAGCCGAUUUUGCAAGUGGCUGCAAGUGGCUUCCAUUUUAUGUUCCUUCUCUCGCAUUCUAUUUUGACACGAAAGAGCAGCAUAAUUUUUACAGGGUAUGCUUGUUUAUGGA